CCCCUCGUUCGGCAGCAAGCCGUGGUCAUUGAGAACUCCACUGACUUUAAAGUUCGAUGCUACUAUGGUGGCCUCAGGCAUUUGAAGGAUCAUGAUGAAUGGAAUGGCAAUAGACCAAUGCGAAGUGCUUGUUAUGACCCCACAAUUAUUGCUGCACAAUUUGCGACAUUGUUUCAUCAAGAUGGACCGAAUUGCACUUUUAAUUUUUGACGAGUGUCAUCAUGCACAAGCAAAAAAAAAGCAUCCAUAUGCACAAAUAAUGAAGGAGUUCUACAAGACUGACACUGUCAAAUCUCCUCGUAUUUUUGGCAUGACUGCAUCUCCAAUCAUUGGAAAAGGUGGGUCCAGUCAAUCGAACUGUACCAAAUACAUCAACAGUCUUGAAAUAUUACUUGAUGCCAAGGUGUGCUCUGUUGAGGAUACUCUAGAACUUCAAAAGGUAGUUGGUUCUCCGAAUAUAAAGGUUUACUUCUACGAUCCCGUUGAUCAUAGUGCUUCUAGCCUUAUAAGAACUUCCAGGAAAAAGCUUGAGGAGUUAAAACUCCAGUGUAUCUCAAUGAUAAGAGAGAAGGUACAUGAUUUCAACAAUCUCCAGAAGAAUAUAAAGGGUCUUUGCAGGUUGCAUGAUAAUUUGGUUUUCUGUUUGGAAAACAUUGGUCUUUGUGGGGCAAGACAAGUGAGUUUAUUUAUUUACUCUCAACACUGCCUAUGAGUUAUGUUUUACAACUUGCAGUA